UUCCUGAGCGUCUGGUGGCGGCCGCCAUUUUGUGGUGCCGCUUCCCUCUCCCGCUCGGGAUCUGCGGCCGCGGGACCUGGCGCGGGGGCGACGCGGAGCGGGGGGAGCCGGGGCCGCCCGCACCCUCCUCACCUUCCCUUCGCCUCCGUGCGCCGCCGAGCCCCUCCGGCGCUGCCCCCGGGCGCGGCUGCGGAGAGCGGCGCUCGCCCACCAUCAUGGAAGACGACGGGCAGCCCAGGACCCUCUAUGUAGGAAACCUCUCCAGAGAUGUGACUGAGGUUCUCAUACUUCAGUUAUUCAGCCAGAUUGGACCAUGCAAAAGCUGUAAAAUGAUAACAGAGCAACCCGAUAGCAGAAGGGUCAACUCUUCUGUUGGAUUUUCUGUUUUGCAGCAUACAAGCAAUGACCCUUAUUGCUUUGUGGAAUUUUAUGAACACAGAGAUGCAGCUGCUGCAUUAGCUGCUAUGAAUGGGAGAAAAAUUUUGGGAAAGGAGGUCAAAGUAAACUGGGCAACAACACCAAGUAGCCAGAAAAAAGAUACAUCCAAUCACUUCCAUGUGUUCGUUGGGGAUUUAAGUCCAGAAAUAACAACAGAAGACAUCAAGUCAGCAUUUGCUCCUUUUGGUAAAAUAUCGGAUGCACGGGUAGUUAAAGAUAUGGCAACUGGAAAGUCAAAAGGCUAUGGUUUUGUAUCUUUUUAUAACAAACUGGAUGCAGAAAAUGCUAUUGUACACAUGGGAGGCCAGUGGUUGGGAGGCCGCCAGAUCCGAACYAACUGGGCAACAAGGAAACCACCAGCCCCCAAAAGUACACAAGAAAAUAAUACAAAACAGUUGAGAUUUGAAGAUGUAGUAAAUCAGUCAAGUCCAAAAAAUUGUACUGUGUACUGUGGAGGAAUUGCCUCAGGGCUAACAGAUCAACUUAUGAGACAGACUUUUUCACCGUUUGGGCAGAUUAUGGAAAUAAGGGUGUUUCCAGAAAAAGGUUACUCAUUUGUCAGGUUUUCAACCCAUGAAAGUGCAGCACAUGCUAUUGUUUCAGUUAAUGGAACCACAAUUGAAGGACACGUUGUUAAAUGUUAUUGGGGUAAAGAAUCCCCUGAUAUGACUAAAAACUUCCAACAGGUGGAUUACAGUCAGUGGGGGCAAUGGAGCCAAGUAUAUGGAAAUCCACAACAGUAUGGGCAAUAUAUGGCUAAUGGGUGGCAAGUACCAUCAUAUGGAAUGUAUGGCCAAGCAUGGAAUCAACAGGGUUUUGGAGUAGACCAAUCUCCAUCUGCUGCCUGGAUGGGUGGAUUUGGUGCUCAGCCUGCCCAGGGACAAGGUGCUCCUGUAAUACCUAACCAAGCUGGAUAUGGUAUGGCAAGUUACCAAACGCAGUGAGCUGGGACUCUGUUUUAAAGUGUGUAUUUCAUGAUAGGCUGCAGUUUCCAGUGACAUUCUGAAGACUGGAAUGUAGACAAUGAAAAAAAAAAGAAAAUAUUUAUUUUAAAAAUGGAAAUGUUUGGAACCUUUAGCACAGCUUUGCUUUGGUGAAGGACACAAAUGUCUUCUAGUUCUGCCUUUUUAAGUUUUUGUUCAUGAUGGAUAUGAACAUGUUUUUCUUUGUGUACAAAAAUUAAAAAUAAAGUCAAUAAAGACAAUUCUGACUACAAAUUUUGAUAUAGUAGGAGAAAUGGCUAAUGGAUUUGAUCUUUAGGUUACCAUUCCAUUUUUUUUUUGUUUUGUCUUCAGUGUUUUAUAUCAUUGUGCUUUUAAGAGAAAUGACAUUGAAAAACAGCAAGUUGCUUUUAGUUGAACACACAUCCUGAAAUAAACUGUGGACCAAUCACUACAACCUGCGAGACAGUAUUGAGUUUUCAAGAAACCUAUGGACAUAGCUCAAAGUAUAUGGAGGUCUUGGAAUAAUUUUUUAAAAAAAUAUUUAAUUUUUCUACAUGCUUACGGAAAACAGUUGAUACAACGAAUAGUUCAGUCUGAAAUGAAAAACAGUACUGUCUGAGGAAUUUCACCWAACUUUUACUGUCCACAUUCAGGCACACGUUGAAGCUUUUCAGAGCCGGUUUGCUUGUUGAAACUGUAGUAGUUUACAUUUAAUUUUGAGAAGUAAAAAAACGUUUUUACAAGUAUGUUGUUUGUAUUCAAAUCAGACAGUCAUACUUGGGCUUUUACAUAAAGUUUGAAGGCUACACAUUGUAAAUAUUUCAUAAUUACAGUGUUUCAAAAGCAUGCUCAAACAUAGAAGUAGCAAUGUAAUUAUUCAAAGUAAUACUUAAUAUACUCUACUGCUUUAAAUGCAGUAGAUUGACAAGAAUGUGCAAGACUGACAUUUCCAAAGUUGGCUAUUAUGUAAAGUUACAUAAAGAACUAUAACAAAGAGCCUUAAUUUUAAUUUCAUAAAUCUUUAAUGCAUCACCUUUUUGUCAUUAGAAAUACAAAUUUUUUGCUUUACAUUAUUUGGUAUGUAAAUACCUUGGUUAACAACCUUGUAAACCUAUUUCAAGGUUAUUAUAAGUUGUAUAGUAUCUUGAGUGUUUUGAAAAAUCUUGAUGUUUUUUAAGUCUAGAAAUAUUUUGCCCAAGAAUUUUUUAACAAGAUUGUUAAAAACAUCUUAUUUUAGAGACUAUUCAAUGUGCCAUUUGGUAAAUGGAGAUGCAGUUGAAACAGUACACUGAGUUGUGACUUAUUUUUAAUUAAAGUUUUUGUCUUUAUGGGUGGUUUGCAUGUGAUGAACCUGUACAGAGGCUGGGUUGUUUGUGUACUGAGUGUGUAAAUGGAUAAAUCAUGAAGAUGUUUAAAUGGUAUACUUGGGUUAUUUCUGAAUUAUUUUAUGGAUACAUUGAUAUAAACUGCCUCAAUAAAUUUGAAGUUGAAAAUGAAUGUAAGUUAGAUAUAAGUAAUGUGUCCUCCCUGUGACAGCUAGAGGGUGCAAAUGCCUCAGCUGUAAUCUGGAUUGCUGAGGCAGGCACAGUUGGAAGGGAAAGAGUAGGAUUUGCAGUGGUAGUUCAGUGAAGCAAACUUGCAUUUUAAAAGAAACAGUUUGAUUUUUAGYGAUGAUAGUUCUAAGUGAGUGUCUGAGAAGCUGUAUAUUUUCUCUUUUCUGUUUCUGACCAUGCAGGUGUUGCAAGGUAGAAUAGUCUGGUUUGAAAUGGAGAUUUGCAGUUGUGUUAAACCCAGCCAGGYUGUGCAAAUAACUACACUUAUUGCUGUAGCAAAUCACAUGAGGGUUUUCUUUCCUCGUUUAUUGGCGUGCAAAGUAGUACCUUGACUUUUAGAUGAGGUUGAAAGUGAGAUGUAAUGGAAGAGCAGUUUAGUCAGUUGGCUCAGCUGCACCAGAGGUACUUUUGACUCUGGGCAUCUACUGCAUGCARUAAUGACUGAAGUUAGUGUGGAACCACGAGUGCUCUUGAUGGCAGAAUUGGCCCUUUAUCUCCAUUUCUCCUUUAUGGUAUAUGUAGUGUCUUUCCACUCAAGAUAGGAUCUUGUCUACAGGAUUCUUGUUUUUCUAUAAAUUUUGUAUAUAUGUGUAUAUCUACGCGAGGAUCGGCCUAUACAUUGUAGUUUGGAAAAACCUCUCAAGUCCGUGUUUUUGUUACACUCAGCUGGUUUAAAAAGUCACGAGUCAGWAGAGAUAUGAACUGUGAGUUCCUUUAGGGUUUCUUAGACUUCACUUGAAAUCUGGGGUUUCUACAUCCUUCUAGGUGUUUGCCAUGCGGCUGUUCUGGGUGCAUGCUGGUGUGAAGGCAAUUUGUUCUUUAGGCGCUACUGAAGAUUUAGAUGAUGCAAGUACAUUGCCACAUAAAUGCCCAUAUAAAUGGGUGUGAGAUUAAGGCAGUGAUCUUUCAGGUCUCAAUGUGUAGAUCACUUUAAAUCUGAUUAUUUAAUAUGCCUGCUGUAGAGCUGGGCCGUACCUGACCUGUAUUUCAGGAUGAAAGAUAGGAUAUACCUUCUGAUUUAAGUCUUUUGUCAUUGAUUUUUAUACAGCUUUUCUGUAAUGGUGAUAUUUCUUCGCAGACUGCUCAAGGUAUGGGAGUCUCCAGUGUCCUUUAAUGUUUCUCUAGCACUGCGAGGAAGAGUUGUAAAUUAGAUUGCUUUUUACUCAGUAGCAUUCAUAAAUGCAUCACUGACAAUUUUUUGGCACCAAAGAGCCUCUUGCACCAUACUGCUUUUAUGAGUGACACUUACACUGUUGUAAUUUCUCUAACUACAGAAAUCGACCACUACCUAACYCUUACCACUAGGAUUUGGAUUUCAAAAAUACUGAUUUAUUAUGGCUUAAGUUGAUGCGUGCAACCUAAACCAAGGUUGUAAUCUGCAUUUGCAGAAAAUGUUCAAUAAAAGUGAAACAUGAUAAAGGGCUUAUCCUGUAUUUGUCAUCUGUCAAAGCAUUGUCCCUCUUUGCUGUAAAACUGACAACAGGCAGACAAGGCUGAACUUGUAAACUAUGCACUUGCAAUCAUGUAAAAGAUGUUUUAUUUAAAAAAUUUUCCUAUGAAAUCAUUUUGUAUUUUGCAGAGUUGCAGUAGUAAGGCUGUAAAUCUAAGGUUGCCUGUAGCUUCUCAUCAGUCCUGCCUCCUUGUGUAUAUUAGCUAACAGUUUUUAGACAUACUUUCCUGCAGAACCUUCUUCUUACUAUGAUAACUUCAURAGAAGCUAUUCACUGUACCAGAGCCAUUGCCUUCAUUUCACUCAAAAAAGUCUCACAGUGAAUAAGGCUUAGUUUUGCAGAAAAAUARUGAUUUGUUUUUCUUGUGUUUGUACACAAGGAAGCAGACUUAACUGUAUGGACAUGAUUAGUGUCUGAUACUUCUUAAUUAUCUGACUGUUUUUGAACAAGGGCACAAGUGUUUGUUUUAAUCACAUGAAACUGUUUCCUGGUCAGCAAUAAAAGAUUUUGUUGCACUGUUCUUACAUUGCAAGAUACAGGCAAUCUUUUGUUCAGUAUACUUUCAAAAAAUGGAUGGGGUUUGUGAAGAACUGCCUUGUUCCAGCUUGAGUCUUCAUAUAUAGAUGUAAUCUGGGAUCUGGAUUGCGGCUGUAAURGCAAAAGGAAGUUCUCUUGAAAGUGAGUGAGAAUUCAUUUGUUGUGAUCACAUGUGGUGCCUGUCCCACAUUGAUAAAUUUAAGGGUUUCACUAUGUAAUGAAGUUUCUGUUCACAGAAAGGCGACUGCAAGGCAGUAGCUUCUGGGAAGAUCUUUGUCGUGUUUUAUUUCAGCUGACUUCUAUGAAUCUAGUUCAUUGUUUAAAAAAAAAAAAACCUUAAAAGUUGUUCUGCUUUUCAGUAUUACAUAGAUAAAAUCUCACCCACCUGUACUAUGAUUUCAAAUCAAAGACAAUGCUGAAGUGUUUACUGAGUGUUUUACUUGGAAAAAAAAAAACAGGACUUCAUAUUGACAAGUGAACACUGAUUGUGUUGUCCUUUUGAGGCUGUGUGCUGAUGUAGAUCAUGGAUGUGUGAAUGACAUACUCUGCUCACUGACAUUUUAAGGGUAAUGACUCAGAACGUUAAUUUGACAUCAGUAAUGAUUAUUUGAAUACAAGUUAUUCUUGCUUAAAUACACAGCUCCUUAUGCUUUGAUUAAAGCUGAUCUGAAUCUUACUGGUUAUUAAAGUAUUCUUGAUGUGCUGUGGAAAGAAACAUGGUUUUGCCUUCUAUCUUAGUGUUGAAGCUGUCAAUAAGGCAUGAGAACUGCACAGACUAUUUUUUGUUUAGAAGAAAAACACUUAAUGGAGUUGUGUCAGGGAAYUCAGUGGAAGCUGACUCUGUGUACUGAUGUGUGCUAGUGUUUGAAUGUUUCCCUUCAAAAACAAGGGCUCAGUCACCAUUCCUUGCAUGAAUCUAGCUCUCACAGAUCCCAGAUUCUCAGCAGCUGUCUUUCUCUGCUGCUGGCAUGGAAGAGAGGAGGAGGAGGAAKGGGAAAGRUGGUGAGAGAAGGUGGUAGAGCAGUGUGCCUGGUGCAGCAGCAGCAGUGCCAAGGCAGACUGUCAAACACAUUCAGGAUCUCAGCAGGUUUACACAGAUACUGCAGCAGUACCCCAAGGCUUGUGGCCAUUCAGACACAAACAUGUUUUACCUGCUUGCUUCAAAUUAAGUGGCUUUAAAAUUCCUAAAGUAGAAAGCACAUAACCUCUUUGGUUUCUCAGAAAGGAGGUGCAUAUUAAACAGCCAAUCUAGGGCACAGAAGGUGAGAAAACCCAUAAGAGAGCAAAUUGCAUUUAGCAUCUGGAUUUGGAGACUUGCUCAAUGUAGACCUCUGGGCUUGGCGUUCUGUGGUGUGUCUGUAUUGACCUUUUUGUUGGAAUAAUUGAAGAAGUUUCACAUACGUGCAGCUGCUUGUUAAAUGUCUUCCCAUUCUUGACAACUUCUGGAAAGGGAUGGAUAAGAGCUGAAAAAGAAUUUUACGUCUUCCACCUGAAACACUGGAUAAUACGUUUCCUGGUUCAAAAUUUGACUUUAUACCUYUACAGAGUUGGCUCUAUUAAUAUCACCGGGGAUGAUGAAAAGCURCUGUCCUCCAUUUGAGUAGCUACUUCUUUAUAAUGGGGAAUUAUUACUGGGUUUCUGUCCCAUGAAAAAUGCUCUUCAUGGGUUUUUUGUUCCUUUCAAUGGGGCGGAUCUUUUUCACUCCAUGAAUUAUGUUUCCUUUAAUGCUGGGUUGUCAAGCGUUGUCAGAAAUAAAUUGAUAAUUUAUUGCUUAUUCCAAAUUUUCCAACUCAGGUACUGACUGGCGGGGAGGGAAUCACCCUCUUAGUUAUUAAAAGGACAAUAUAAUUUUGAAAUAUACCUUUGUAGAACUAUUUCUACUUGAGUUUUACUUGCACCUGAAAGCACAAGGAGUUUACACAAAUACACCUUGGAAUCAACAGCUUUGAACCACUAUUCCAUCCUGUACCUGUUGUACAGUCAAAGGCUGGAAACAUUUAUGCCUUCCUCUUUCCUGUGGUAAAUUGCAAAGCUUGUUUUCUGUACAGAAUAAAUCUGUUCUCAGCAUUUGCAAAURUUCAGAGAAAGCUGAGGUGCAGUAUUUUCUGAACUCUUGCUGUCUUCGUGUGAAUUGGGGAUUCUUUUAUUUACAGGUAUGUGCUGUGGUUUUGUAGGAGAAAUUUCUGACGUCUAGAAGUGUGGCUGAUUUCAGACUCAGGAAAAUAAAAUGUGAAUGUUUCUAGGAUACUAUUCCUAAAUGAAUCUUGCCUUCAACUUGGAUUUAUGUAUUCUAUGAAACAAGGAUAUGAAGGUCCAAAAACAUCUCUCAAAUCAGUUAUAAUGGACAUUUUCAUAGGGCACUUAUCUAUACAAACUUUCAGUAUCCAGAAGCGUAACAGCUGUUCACAUGUAUUGCUAAUACAUUUUGAAAUUAUCAAUACCAGAUGACCAACAGAUAUUGCUGAAUAUAUCUGCAUUUCGGAGAGGUAUGGCCAAUACACAAGGUGAUGCUGUGUUCACAUUGACUUCUGAAAGAGUUCCUUCCAGCACCUUUUUGUUUUGUGGGUUUUUAUGGAAGAGCACAGAAACUGUCCYACAAGAUGUAUGCAUACAAAUUUGCCUAGGUAUGUGAUAUUAUACUUUGAAUUAAUGUUACGAGGUCACAGUGUCUAGCARCAAGUGUCUGACAAGUUGCAUUACUUUGAUGUUUCCUUGAAAUGCUUCUGCAGCAAAAUCUUACUGAAAGGUAUUUCUGGAGUCUCUCCUGUCUGUGACUUCUGAGUAAAAGGAAGACAAGAUGCAAGAUACUUGUUAGAGGGAUCCAGGUAUGUCUGAGUUUACCAAGGCUGUAGAAACAGACUUUUGUAAUUAUUUUAAUUGUAGAGAAUCAUAUGGAUACUUAAUUUUGAGCUCUGAUUCAGUUAUUGUUAGGGCUGUGUAUUGCUCAUUUUUCACACCCUGUUUUGCUGUGUUUCUCACUUYUAUUAUGUUUCUAAUUGACAGAGUUGUACUUUUCGUGCACCAGGAGACAAAUCUGUUGUAUUUGUCUCUGGUUCUUAGCAGAAACACACUGACCUCAGGUAUAAUUUUUAAUAUUCUCCUGUAUUGUAAAAAUCUUUGAUUUCUGUAGUUUGUAUCUGUUUUAAUAUUUACAGAUGGCUAAUGAAAGCAUGUG